AAACCGAAUCCUGCUUCCUCCUCCCCAUCAAAACACCUCUCCUCUCUCUCUCUCUCUCUCUCUCUCUCUCUCUCUCAUGAGGCAUGGCCUUCAACCACAGGAAGCUGAUUUCAGCUUCUGAAACACUAGACAUAAACCAGUGUGAUGAAUUAUUCUUCUGUAGCACAAAAAACCCAGAAGGCAUCUGCCCAAAAACAUGCUUCUAUAGGUGUCCCUCUAUCUGUAUCCAUCCAAUCACCCUCUUUAUUCCUCCGCCGUCACCGCCGCUGCCGCCGCCAACCUCAUCCCAAUACAAGAUCCUAAGACUCCCUCUCCCCCUCCUCGUCUCCCUAUCAUUUCUAGUCGCAAUUUGCUUUCUCUUUUUUUGUUACACCCUUUACAAGUCCUACAAAAAUUGGGUUGACUUAAUGGAUAGGAGGAGGAGGAGGAGACCACCAGAAGUGCAACAAGAAGAGACCCAUGAUCAGUUUCUUGAUCAAGAUCGUGGGCCUGUGGUGGACCACCCUGUAUGGUACAUCAGGACUGUUGGGUUGCAAUCGUCUGUGAUCAAUUCUAUCGCGAUUUGCAAGUACAAGAGAGGGGAUGGUCUUGUGGAGGUAACAGAGUGCUCUGUUUGUUUGAAUGAGUUUCAGGAGGAUGAGAUUCUUAGGCUAUUGCCCAAGUGUAAUCAUGCAUUCCACAUACCUUGUAUUGACACCUGGCUUAGAUCACACACCAAUUGCCCGUUGUGCCGUGCCGGAAUCGUUGGUAACGCCGUCGGGAUUCCAACGGUGUUACCGGGGCAGAGUGUUGAUAAUCCGAGGGUUCGGGAGGAAGACCAAGUUGUGGUUUCUGAGAUUGGAGGUGAAUUCAGGAGGGAAAGAGAAGAUGAGGAAUUGAUGGGAAUUGAGGAAGGUGAAAGAGAAGUGGAGAAUAGGGAGAAGAGUCUUGAGACUCCUGAGGAAGAUGCGGUUCAUCAACCAAAGAGGAGAUCAAUGUCUAUGGAUUCUGUUUAUGCUUCAAUGACUAAUGCUUAUCAAGGAGAAAUUGGUGGGAGUUCAGGUUCCCAAACGAGAAAAACGAAUGAAUCGAGCGUCGACAUCGUUCCCAUCGUUCCUGAUAGUGUAGAUGCCAAUCGUAGUAUACUAAAAUUUGUUGGUGGUUCUUCAAUUGAGAGGUCUCCACAAAAAGGGCCAAUUUCAAUGGAGAGAUCACUGUCCUGCAGUGGGAAGGGUUAGUUUCCAAGGUAUUUCCAAGGCUAGAAUUCAACCCUUUCUUGAUGAAGCUUUUUGAUCAUCUUUUUGGUAUCAGGUUUGAAGUGAAAAUGAGAUAUCUGCAAAAUCAAGAUGUCUCAGGAACUCUCAACAAACAUGAGAGUUCCAAAACUUUGUAAUGUUGUAAUAAAGUCAUAUGAUGAUGAACCUGUAUAAUAGUAUUCAGUUCAAACAGAAGGAAAGUGGGGCUGAUCCAAAAGUGGUUAAUCAGCAAACCAUGUAGCAUGAUUGUUCUUGUGCUUGUGCAGUUUCAGAUUCUGAAAGAGAAUCAAUGAAGUGUAAUUAAAAUUUUGAUCUCAGAAGCGAUACUGUCAUGAUCUUGCAUUUAUUGUAAAACAAUAGUUCAACUUC